AUGGGGCCGGAGAGCAGGCUGCUGGUCCCAGCCCUGGCGCUGCUCUGCUUCCUGCCUCCUGGGCCUGGGAGCCGUGCAGAGGGAGGGGAUUUUGGAGGAAGCCGGCCGGCUGGCCACCGCCCCUGUGACCGACCCACCCCAGGGAAGACCUCAGUGCCCACGGCCCGGGAGCCGACCACAGGAGUUCCCGGUGACCAGGAGAGAGGCCCCCAGGAUCCUUCCGUGGAAAUCGCAGGCUGCGGGAGCGGCGGAGGCCCGGGCUGCCACCUCCGACCGACGUGUGCCGUUGGGGAAUCGGAUGGCGUCUUCUGGGAGCUGGUCCAGUGCGCCUGUCCCACGGGCCCCUGCAGCCUGAAGGUGGAGGUCCCCUCCUGUGCCGUGGGGCCACUGCGCUCUGCAGAGGACCUGGCCCCUGAGCUGCUUCCCGGGACGGAUGCCACAUUAGCCACUGUCACCACGGGGGCCCCCAUCCAGGCGGCCGCAUCUGCUCAGACCAGCAUCCCGACUUCACCGUCUGCCGUGUUGCCCAGAAGCCCCCACGGCCUUCCUCCCGGACCUCCCUGCACCCUCAGCCUCUCCACACCCCGGCCUGGGCACCAGCAGCUCUGGCCCCACGCUCAGUGUCACGCCGCGGAUCCUGUCGCCCAUCGCUUUCCACAAGCUGAUGCUCAGGCCCUUCCGAGUCUGGGGUUCCGGGUUCAAGUCACUUCCGAAGAUGCUCUGUGUCUGGUGAUGGACUUCGGGGAUGGUUCUGGGGUUCAGAUGAGGACCCACCGUGCUACUGGGCACAUGGCUGUCACCACCUUCCACCGGUACAGGAGAGAAGGUGUCUACGCGCUCCGGGCGGUCCUUCACAGCGAGUCCCACGGAGCUGAGGUGCGGCUUGGGCCUUACUACGUGGAACUGGGCCCCGAGGCUCCGUCCGUGUUCCUGAAUGCCAGCAGUGUCCUCAGGGACCACGUGCUUGCCUUCGGGGGCUCCCCCACGGAUCCGAGAAGCACCAUCGUUUCCCACCAUUUUCCACCCGUUUCCUCCUAUAACGUGUCCUUCGCCUUGCAGACCCAUGUGGGGGGCAAGUGGGCCUGGUCCAGCGUGGCCGUGCGAUAUCGGAUGCAGCCCGUCUUUGUCUACACCAAUGGAACUGUGUUUGCCACUGACACCGACAUCACUUUUGUGGCCGUUACCAAGGAAACCACUCCCCUGGAGUUCACGUGGUUCUUCGGAGAAGACCUGCCCGUGAGGACAAGACGCAGGAGCAUCCAGAGAAGGCUCAGCGCCCCCCAGUGGUACCGUGUGGUGGUCCAGGCUUCCAAUGGCAUGGGCAGCGUGGCCUCGGAGCCCCGCCGUGUCCAGGCUCAGAGGAGAGUGGUGGCCAGCGGGCUCGUGGCCACUGCCUCGGCUCUGGUGAACGCCCCCGUGACCUUCCAGUGCAGAAUCAGCUUCGGCACCGACGUGGCUUACCGCUGGGACUUCGGGGACGGCACUGGCGGCCUGGGGAGUAGCUCCGCCAGCCAUGUCUACAGCAGGGAAGGAGAGUUCACGGUUGAGGUCGUCGCCUUCAAUGCCGUCAGCGCCGUCUCCCUGAGGAAGCGCCUUUUCGUUGUGCGCAGGCCCUGCCAGCCGCCCCCUGUGAAGAACAUGGGGCCAGGGAAGGUGCAGGUGUGGCGGUCCCAGCCUGUGACACUGGGAGUGACCUUCGAAGCCGCCAUUCUCUGUGACAUCUCCCAAGGCCUCUCCUACACCUGGAGCCUCACCAACUCCGUAGGGUCGCCAGUGCCUCUGCCUCCUGCCGUCAGCACCCACAGGCAGACCUUCACUGUCCCCCACUACUUCCUGGAGCCCGGGAACUACACUGCGCUGGCCCAGGUGCAGGUGCGAGGCAGUCCCGUGCACAGCAACUACUGCGUGGGAGUGGAGGUGCGUGCCCGGGCGCCUGUCAGCGUGAUCUCCGAGGGCACGCACCUGUUCAUCCCCAGGACCCCCUCGUCUACCAUGGUCCUCAGGGGGUCCCUGUCCUACGACCCCGACAGGCCCGGGGCCACUCUCAGGUAUCACUGGGCAUGCGCCCCAGCCAGUGCCCCCGGGCGCCCCUGCUUCGCUGGGCCCUCUGCACGCCGUCUGGAGGCCGGGGCGCCCACCCUGUCCUUCGCAGCGGACUCUCUCAGCAGUGGCUACGACCAGUUUCUUGUGACACUGAUGGUGUCCAGCCAUGGCCGGAACUCUUCCGAGGCGCAGGUGUUCCUGUCCACCCUCCCCGACAUGGCGCUCAGGCGCGUGCACAUCUCCUGGGGGACAUUCCGGGGCGUCCCUGUGAACUGGAACGAGGAGCUUUCGCUGCGGGCGGCCUGUGAAGACUGCGGGGAGGCGGCCCUCUCUUACUCCUGGGACCUCUUUUUGGUCAACGCGACAGGAAGGGACAGAGAGGAAGACUUUGAAGCCUAUUACAGUGACGUCCAAGAAGCGGUGCCCUCGAGAGGAAGGCAGCCGGCUGCCUCUUCCUCCUUCCUGGCGUCGGGACCCGGUGCCAGUGAGGACGAGAGCCGUGGGGAUGGGGACAACCUGGUGGGCCCCUUCCUCCCUACCGCCAGUGCCUGGCCCACACUCCUGGUCGACUGGCCCAAGUCCCCCGUGAGCCGAGCUGUUUUCCAGGGCUACACCGCGUCCGGGAUCACGGGACAGACGGUGACAGUGAAGCCGUACUCACUGCGCCCUGGAGAGACGUACGUCCUACAAGCAGUGGUGGCUUCGGGGCACAGCUUUCUAGGGAAGGCUCAGCUGUAUGUGACCGUCAACCGUGCUCCGCAGGACGUGGCCUGCCAGGUGCAGCCCCACCGGGGCCUCGAGGCAGACACCAUCUUCAGCGUCUUCUGCACGUCGGGGAGACCGGACUUCCGCUAUGAGUUUGGUUACCGGAUAGGAAACGCCUCCAAGUACACCCUGUACCGGGGGACAGAUGCCCAGCACUACUUUGCACUGCCAGCUGGGGAGCCCGUGGACGGUUAUCAAGUCCUGGUGUCCACUGUGAUCACCGAUGGCGACGGCUCCCAGACGCAGCCCUGCGCCGUGGCUGUGACUGUGCUGCCCCGUCUCCACGGGGACCGCUGCCCCGGCGAGGAUGUGUACAAUGCUAGCCUGAGGAACCUCUCCACCCUCCAACGGAUGGGGAGUGACACGGAAGUCAGGAACUAUGUUGCCGUGACCACCAGGGUCCUGAGUCGCUGGGCUAGGGAGGGCAGGAGCCCCUCCUGUGGCCAGUGGUCUCGAAUCCAGGACGCGUUCAUUUCUUCAGUAUGCAGAUUAGCUCCCCAGGACCAGGAGGAAGCGACCGACUCUGUCCUCCUGCUGAGGGACCUGCUGCGCUUCCCCAACAAGUUGAGCCUCGCAAGCGCUCUUCUCAUCCUCCACUGCGCGCACACGCUGCUGGCCCCCAGCCGGCCCCCCGCAGGCUGCGUGGUGGAUGCGGGCCAGGUGCGGGAGCUCAUCCUUCUCGUGUCCCGGGUCCUGGAGGCCACCGACCACGGUCACUCAAGGAGCUCGGGCCGCCUGCUGGAGGAAGGUGCUCAGGCCAUCGCGGACGCGCUGCUGGGUUGCCUGUCCUCACGCGGCGAGCACCAGGUCCACGUGAGCGCUGGGCAGACGGAGGCCCAUGCGCGGCUGCAUCACCGCCUGCAGAGCUCCGUGCAGAGCCUGGGCCCCGUCCGGGUGCGCCUCCCUGCAGACCUGGCCGGGCGGGAGCCCAGCCCGUGCUACGUGAGCCAGCUCCUGCUCUUCAGGACGAGCCCCUUUCUGCAGGGACGCGCUCCCGGCCAGGUUGGCGCUCUGCUGGCCCUGUCCCUGCACUGCUGCUCCAGCCGAAGGCCCCUGCACAGGCCACGGCUGAGGAUGCCUGUGACCGUGGAGUUUGGGGAGGAAGAUGGCCCGGGUGACAGGAGAAACGAAACGACCUUCGUGCUGCUGCGGGAGAGAGUGAACGUCCACCGCUUCGCCGGGCUCUCUGCGACCAGCCCGGAGUCCCUGCAGAUCCGAGUGGCGUUCUCCCCGCCGACCACCAGGGCGUUCCCCGUCAUGUUGCUGGUGAGGUUCUCCGAGAAGCCGACUCCUGCUGACUUCCUGCUGCGGCAGCUGCACCUCUGGGAGGGGCUCACGGCGCACGUCUCCGUGCCGGCGGCUGUGCUGGAAGGCCACACCCAUGGCUACCUGUCCCUGUUGGAUGCGGACUACGACAGGGAACCUCCCAACACGUACUUGGCCGAGGCCGUGAGCUACGUGGUGCGUUUCCAGGGGGUCCACUGCCUGCUCUGGGGCCCGCAGCGGGAGCCGGAGAGUCUCCCCGCGCAGCCGGCAGCUUCCCCCGGGAAGGUGAACUGCAGCUACGACCUCCUCGCCGCCUACUCCAUCGCAAGGAGAAGCCUGAACGCCAGCUUUGAAUCAAGAGACGUUUCCCAGUUCCGGGGAUGCCCGGAAAACCUGCUCCCCAGCAUUUUUAUUGUGGCCAUCACAAUUCUGUAUGCACUUUUGGUCACUAAAAGCAAACGUGUGGAUCGUCGUGAGGAAAAGAAAACGGGUCACAUUUUCCUGCAAGACAGUGCCCCGCCCAGUCACCAGCUGUACGCGGUCGUCGUGGACACGGGCUUCCGGGCUCCAGCCCGCUUCACUGCAAAGGUCUACAUUGUUCUAUGUGGUGAAGAUGGACUGUCAGAACCCAGAGAGCUCUGCUGCCCAGAGAAGCCGCUGUUUGAACGGAACUCCAGGCAUACCUUCGUCUUCAGCACUCCGGCCGCGCUGGGCCCGCUCCGGAAGGUCCGCCUGUGGCACGACAGCGGCGGGGCCCAUCCCGCCUGGUACGUCAGCCACGUGAUGGUGAAGGAGCUGCACGAGGGACGGGGGCGCUGGUUCUUCCCCGCCGAGUGCUGGCUGGCCGCAGGCAGGCGGGACGGCCGCGUGGAGCGGGAGCUGGCCUGUCUGCAUGGGGGCCUCGGCUUCUGGAAACUCCUGCGCUCCAGGUUCACAGAGCAGCUGGAGGACCUCCACGUGUGGGCCUCGGUGCACAGCCGGCCGGCGGGCCGGGGCCUCCUGCACACGCCGCGCCUCAGCGUGGCCUUCGCCCUGCUGUGUGCCUACGCCUGCCUGGCGGCCCUGGUCACCGCCACAGGACACGGGCAGCUCCCGCCGAGUGUCGGCCCGGCCAGCGUCCCCCUCGGGUCCUUCUGGACGGGCUUCCUGUGCACCCUGCUGGCUUCUCCAGGGGCGCAGCUCUUGUCGCUGCUCUUCAGGCUCAGCCAGGUGCCCGGGUCCCCCCCCAGCCGUGCGUUCGAAGGACUCGUCACAACCCCGUGGCCAAGGGCGCCGCGGCCGUGGUUGCGCUCUGCAGCGUGGGCCAUUUGUGGGAUGGUCUCCGUGGCCUGUGGUGUGGGGACAGUAUUUCUAGGAUACAGGUUCAGCCCCACGCAGUGUGGGCAGUGGCUGUGCCUGCUGACCGUCUCCGUGACCUGCUGCGUCUUCGUCACCCAGCCCUUUAUGGUGGGCCUGAUGGCUCUGGGCUUCGCUUGGAAAAGGAGAGACGACGAGAGCUUCUUCACUGAGUCUUUACAGGAGGCCACCGAGGGCCUGGCGGGGCUCUCCCCCACCCACGCGCCCCACGCACCCUGCGGCAGCGAUCCCCACGGCCCGGGCGUGGUUGAGAGGGUCUUGGCUGAGCGACAGCGAGCUCGCCGCCUGCGCAGGGCGCGUCCACCGUCCACAGCGUGGCUCAGGGCCACGCGGGAGAGGAUGCGGAGACAGACGCGCACCCGAGCGGUGCUGAGGGACACCUGCAUGUCCGUCCUCAUGCUGCUUCUACACCUGCUUAUAACCCACGCGACAUCCUCCUGGGAUGAACACUCUCUCAACCAUGCCAUCCGGAACACCUUCACCAGAGGUGCCAGGAGCUUCUCUGGCAGCCUGAACAGCGUGGAUGCCUGGUGGGACUGGAGCCUGACCACACUGCUGGACGGCCUGUACCGGGUCGGCGUGCCUGGCGCUCAGCCCGGAGCUCUCGGAGGCACAUGCUACCUCAUAGGCCCGGCAGUCCUUAAGCAGCUAAAACUUUCUCCUGGCCCUUCGUGUGAGCUUCCCAGGCCACUCUCAGUGCUUCCCGAAGACUCUCUACCUACGUGUCACCCUGAAGUUGGAGGCUCUGAACCCCGCUCUGUGACCAAUGCAGAGACCCAAAGAGUGGCCCCGAGUGACUCCACAGCCUGCAGGGAGCUCUGUGAGCUCAGCCUGGGCAGGACAAGCGUGUCCCUGCGUGCUGAGCUGCUCCCGGCCGGGGGCCUCACCCCUUCCUUCCUCGUGGAGUCGGUCCCCAUCUUCCACAGCGACUCAGCCCCGAGGUACCACCUGCUGAUUCCCCAGCUGGCCUUCCUGGCGCUCACACUGACCCACCUGUGUCUCCAGCUCUUCCGCCUGGCCGAGGAGGGCGUCUGUGGCUACUGGCAAAAACCAGGGACCUGGCUGGAGCUGCCCAUCGCUGGGGCCAUCCUGGCCUGGUACGCAGCCUCUGGCCACCUGCUCUCUCUGGCCGGGGAGGUGGCCGACCAAUUCCACAUGGGAUUCCUGCAGGGUUUUGUGGACCUCAGUCCCAUGGCGUCAUGGAACCAGAGGGCGAGGUGGCUCCAGGGAACCCUGUCGUUCCUCCUGACCCUGAAGUGCCUCCGUCUGCUUGGCUCUCACAGCACAAUGGCGUCCUGCACCUUCGCCACACGCCGCUCACUCGCGGGCGUCAUCGCACCAGGGCUCAGAGGUUCCCUUAUGGCUUUUGUUCCCAAACGAAAAUCUUCCCAAAGCCAGUCUCUUGUGAGCCUUGGAGACGUGAUGGCCUACGUGUGGGGGGAGACCUGCUCUGCGCUGGGGCUGGCGAGGCGGCCGCCGGAGGAGGCUGAGCCGGCCACGAGUCACAACCCCUCCCUGGAGGAGUUUGCGGACCUGCUGGAUGAACUGCUGCUGAAGAUCGACAGUCUGUCUGCCCGCCUCCCACUCCCUCUCCCAGCGCAGCCGCCCCGGGACGCGCCGCAGGCUGGGGCCGGGGCAGAAGGAAGCCCCUCGGUGGGGGCUUCUGGUGACCACGCCGCGGGGGAGGAAAGGAGACGUUGGUUCAAGCCCCUGAUCAUGCUUCUGGGCGGGUCCCUGUCCCUCCUGAGCGCGCCUCUGCUGCAGGGAGACUGGAGGGCGCUGCACCCGACCCCCACCAGGGGGCAGUCUGCUACGCGCGGCACAGGCCCCGUGCUCGCUGAGACCCCUGUCGAGGCCUAG